CAAAGCAAUUGUAAAGCCCAUGGACAUCCAGGCCUCCAGUGCAGUGCUACGGACCUGUGCAAAAGCCAUUGCCAUUUGGAUAAUCUCCAUACUCCUAUCAGUUCCUGAAGCAGUGUUCUCCGAACUGGCCCACAUUAAUGACACAGAUAAUGCCACUUUCACAGCAUGCAUACCAUACCCCAUGACGGAUGACAUGCACCCAAAGAUCCAUUCUGUGCUGAUUUUCCUAGUGUACUUCCUUAUCCCUCUUGCCAUUAUUAGUAUCUACUACUAUCAUAUUGCAAAGAGUUUAAUAAGAAGUGCCCAUAAUAUCCCUGGAGAAAAUAGUGAGCACUCAAAACGACAGAUGGAAACUCGGAAACGUCUGGCAAAAAUUGUUCUAGUUUUUGUUGGCUUUUUUGCUAUCUGUUGGUUUCCUAACCAUGUGCUAUACAUGUACCGGUCUUUUAAUUACAAUGAGAUUGAUUCAUCAAUAGGGCAUAUGGUUGUUACCUUAGUGGCCCGAGUGCUAAGCUUCUGCAACUCUUGUGUCAAUCCAUUUGCACUGUAUUUGCUCAGUGAGAGUUUCAGAAGACAUUUCAACAACCAGCUUCGCUGUGGGAAGAAAUCUCAACAAGAGAGAUCUGCCAGUUACUUGCGCAACUCUUCUGCCAUUCAGACAACUUCCCUGAAAAGUACUACCAGGAACACAGUGACCAGCGUGACACAACUGAACGGGCACAACUUGAAACAAGAAAUGUCAUUAUGAUUUAAUGGGUGUGAUUUUUGACUACAGAACAAAACUGAACUUUUUCUUUGCAGUUUGUAACUCAGUUUUGGCUCUCAUUGCUUACACCAUCUGAACAGGGAAUCUAUUAAAGCCUGUCUAGUAUGAGAUUGUUUCACAUCAGUUUUAAUGUUAGAGAGAAGUGAAAAGUGUAUUGUUUUGAGAAGACAAAGCUGACUGGCUUCAUAGCAUGUGUUAAAGAAGAUGUUUUGGCAUGUACUUAACAUAUAGGAAAAACAUAAUGGUGUGAAAAUUAGUAUAGCUCAUGUAAUGCUUGAAAAACGAUAGAUCUUCUGAUCUCAAAAAUAUGUAUUUUCAAGUGAAUAUUCAUCCAUAUGUCUAAUAGGUUUUUGCAUGAUUUUAGCUGUGUAGUCUAUACAAGUAUUUCUCAUUAAGUCUUGUAGGCAUUUUUUGGACCAAUUAAGGAGUUAUUCAAGGGCAUAGAUUCCAGUUUCAGAUAAAAUAUAGUAAUAAAUCAAAUGCUAGCUCUCUAUCUCAUUUAAAUCUAUCUUGUUUAUUCUCAGACAUGGAUGAGAGUUUUGGGGUCAUUUGUUUACUAUUUAGUAAACAAAUAAGUUUAUCUGCUAAAAUUUAAUUCUGCUACCACAAAUUUAAAGAAUAUUAAAAUUAAAAAGCAAUAAUAAGAUUUCUCAGAGACUUAUUGGCUUGGGGUCCAAGUCUAAUUUGGGAUAGUUAUAACCAGGAAUCUAGGUACUCAAGUGAGUGUCUUUACUAGUGUUUGAGCUGGGACCAGAGGUACUCCUUUAAAGUCAUUAUCUCUUUCCUGGUUUCAAUUUGCCUCUCAGAGCAGUCUCAUAAUAUAGAUAUAUAAUCCAGUUCACUUUCAGGCAAAACCAAACUGAAGGAUGUCCUGCAGAAACAUACCGGACCACUAACGAUCAUCCAGCCCAUGGGAUCAAAAAAGCUCUAGUCUGAUAUUGUGCCUAAGAAAUGAAACAUAACUGGAGCAGUUCCAACCCCUUGAAAGGAAGAGCUAUUUGAAAUCAUACUUGGUUUUUUGUGUGAAAAAUUCCAGUUCCUUGGUCAAUCCACACCAUUUUGUGGUUGUGGAAAGAGUAGUUUUUCAUCAGUAUUCCCAAGAGGAUAAUUUUGGAGUACUUGGUGAGAGCAGAGCUAGGACUGAAACAGCAGGGAGCAGUGAGGGAGAAUGUGAUUGCUCAUUACUGUCCUGUCCAGAACACAUCUUGUGGGACAGUGUACUGCUCUCUCUGUUCAUUCAUAGUUCUUUCUGGGAAUAUCUCUCAAAAGGUUUGUGAAGCUGCUCUUUAAACCUUAAUGGCAAAGUGGAUCAACUGUAAAAGUUCUCAUUUAAUUUUAGGACUCUUUUUCUAGUUUUUGUUGUUGUUGUUU